UGGUUGUGGUGCAGUGAUGGUUGAUGUGCGCCGUCAAAAGUCAGCGAUCUUCUGAGUCUGUACAUCCGUAACCGAACGGGAUAAUGAAAUAGCGGAAAGACUCCGCUCCUCCCUGCUUACUUUAAUCCCAGAUACUGAUGAUGAGUAGCAGGAGCGUCCAGACUUGAUCCCGGAGGGCCGCUGUCCUGCAGAGUGUAGCGCCAUCCCUGGUUAAACACACCUGAACCAGCUCAUCAAGGUUGCCUUCCAGGUCACCAUGCAGUUCCUGGGCCGUAUAUUGGACACGGUGAGCUCCGUGUCGACUCUGUUCUCCAACCCGUACCGUGUGAGGGAUGUGCAGCUGUCGGAUUAUAAUGGCAAAGUGCUACUGAAACAGGAGGGCAGGCUGGUCCUGUACAGGAACCAACAGAGCCAUUCGUGGGACUGCCUGCUUCUCUGGCCCGAGUCUUCAUCUGUGGCUCUGAGGAUGUUCCAGGUUGCUUCAGAGGAUGACGCCAUGAAUUGGUUCCCUCAGUAUGCCCUCAAACUCCGCCCAUUUUAUGAGAUGCUCCGCCCACCGCUGAAACCUGAAACGUUCCAGCCAAUCGUAGACUGUGUGCGGAAUCACCCCGACUGGAGCUCGGCUCAUGUCGCCGUGGAUACUGGACUGAGAGACUGUCUCAAACACAAUUACGUUCUGAGUCAGAUGAAUGCCCGUGAUGCCCAGGGUCAGACCCCUCUGCACCUGGCGUGCGAGAGAGGAGAUGUGGGCUGCGUGCGUGAGCUCCUGGAGGAGUGUCAGGCUCGCACGGACAUCAAGGACAAGAACGGAGAGACGCCCAUGCACUGCGCUGCUAAGCAAGACUCUGCUGGUGUUAUAGAGGUUUUGUGUGCACAGAUGUGCAUGGGUGUGAAUGAGCUGAACGCCGCCGGGGAAACACCAAUGCACAUUGCAUGCCGUCUCGGGAGGGUCGAGGCGGUCAAGGGCCUGCUGGGGGGCGGAGCCCGCUGUGACAUCAUGGGAAGCAAUGGCUAUCCAAUCCACACCGUCAUGAAGUUUAGUGAGAAAAGUUGUGCCGAAGCAAUUUUAAACACCAACCCAAAUCAACUUCUGGCGGAGGAUCCGAUUUAUGGCGGAACACCUCUUCACUGGGCCAAGACUGCCGAGAUGAGCCGUGUGCUGCUGGACCGAGGAUGUAACAUCAACUAUCUGAGCAAGACCGGAGAGAGUCCAUUACACAUCCUGACCAAGAGGGGGCGCUUUGAGGCCGCAAUGACGCUGCUGACCCACGGAGCCGACCCCAACAUUAAGGGUCAGGAUGGAAACACAGCACUGCACCUCGCCAUGAAGUUGGACCACAUGGACCUGAUCAAAGCUCUCAUGGUGUUUGGAGCAGAUGUCGAAGUUCACAAUGACCUGGGAGAGACACCGGGACUCAUCGCAGCCCGUACCAGCAAGGGGCCCAACCGUAAGGUGCUCUUGAACAUGCUGUGUAGUGUAGGGGCCGAGCGGUGUCACCCCCCCUCCCUCAACAGCCCUAUCCUCAGUGUCAACAAAGCUCCGCCUCCUGGCAUAGGGUUUGAUGACAUCAUGCACGUGGCGGCAGCUGUCACGGCCAUGAGUCGUGGAUUUGUAGAGGUCGAUGGGCUCAAGACAGGAAGCAAGAAAAUGGACAGAUUGCUGUGUCUAGAUGGUGGUGGAAUAAAGGGACUGGUUCUGAUCCAGAUGUUGAUCGCUUUGGAGAAAGAAGCAGGACGGCCCAUCAGGGAACUCUUUGACUGGGUGUCUGGGACUAGCACUGGUGGCAUACUGGCCCUAGCUAUUGUACACGGUAAAUCGAUGGAGUAUCUGCGCUGUCUGUACUUCAGGAUGAAGGAACAGGUAUUUAAAGGUUCUCGGCCGUAUGAGUCUGGCCCUCUGGAGGAAUUUCUCAAGAAUGAGUUUGGAGAAAAUACCAAGAUGACGGAUGUCACUCACCCCAGAGUAAUGGUGACUAGCGUUCUUGCAGACAGACAUCCUGGUGAACUGCAUCUGUUUCGUAAUUACGACCCACCAGCCCUGCAAAGAGACCCUCCAUACACAUCUACAGCCACAUUUCAACCCCUUACUGUGCCGAAGGGGUGGGAGGACGAAGAUCUUUUGGUAUUAGGAUAUACUCGACCUCCCAGAAAGCGUAGAAAGGUGACGGAUGAAGAGCAAUUAGUUUGGCGUGCCGCCCGAUCCAGUGGAGCUGCUCCCACUUACUUUCGACCAAUGGGCCGUUUUCUGGAUGGAGGGCUGCUGGCCAAUAACCCAACGCUAGAUGCUAUGACAGAAAUACACCAGUACAACAAAGCCCUGAAGGCACAGGGCCGUGAAUCAGAAGUGUGCAGGUUAGGCGCGGUCGUCUCAUUGGGCACCGGUAAGCCUCCUCAAGUGGCGGUGAACUCGGUAGAUGUUUUCAGGCCUUCAAAUCCACUGGAGCUGGCCAAGACCUUCGUUGGAGUCAAAGAGCUGGGCAAGAUGCUUGUGGACUGUUGUACAGACUCAGAUGGUUGUGCAGUGGACCGAGCCCGAGCGUGGUGUGAGAUGGCCGAUAUAAACUAUCACAGGAUGAGUCCUCAGCUGUCUCAGGAGGUGAUGCUGGAUGAGGUCAGUGACGCUGUGUUAGUUGACAUGCUGUGGGAGACUCAGAUGUACCUGUACGAGCACAGAGAUGUCAUGCAGACCCUCUGCCAGCAGCUACUUCAGCUCUGACAACAGCUUCCAGACUGAAGGCGAUGAAGAGGGUUUUGGUGGCUUCAUAUGCAUAAAUGAUUUAUCCUAUACAAAUAAUGAAUCUGAAUACAGUAGUGUGUGUACGUUGUUGUGACAUGUUCAAUUAAUUUAAAAGCAGAAUAUAUAUAUUAGAGCCCG